UCGAAGUCAUUUUUCGAAAUGAAAGAAGAAAAGAAAUAGUAUAAUCUAAUCUUUUUUCUUUGGUUUUGCUCGAGGAUUCUUAAACCAUGGGUACACUUGAUAAGUUGGGGAACUGGCCUUUUGCAUCUCUGAUGGCCACCAUCAUUGUUUUUGUGGGAGUUGGUGUGUUUUGUGGAACCCUGUACCGAGCAUUACAGAUCAUCAUUAUCAAUGUCAUGGAGGGGUUGUUUCAGUUUACAGUGACAUGGUUGUCUGUGGUACAGAUUGUGUUUAUUGUGAUUGCUGUAGUGAUGGCACUGUUCUCCAUUGUCCUGUUGGUUUUUGGUUUCCUAGCAACAGGAGCAACCAGACAAAAUGUGUACUCUGGGAAGAGAUGCAUUAUGGGAGGACAAGUGUCUGCUGGAUUUUUUAUGAUGAUGUCAUUCCUGUUGAGUUUAGUCUGGAUCGUGAUAGUUGGAUUGGCUACCAUUCCUGUGUUUCUGUACAUCAUGCUGGGUUCCAUCUGUAACCAGGAAGUGUACAACAACAACUACCAAACUGUCAAUUACUGCUUUGAACUCAAGCAUUAUGGUAUCUACAGGAAUUCCACAUAUCCAUUUCUGGGUGUUGCUCCCCCAGGGAGGGAUGCAAUCUGUAACCCCGUAGAGCUGAGGGUCUUAUGUGAUAGGUUUGCUGAAGCAGGUCCUCUGUUUUGCACAGCCUUAGCUGGGGCAGCAUGUAUCAUCAGUGGUAUGAUAUUAUUCAUGUCCAUCCUAUCAGCCAACUACACCAGAAUCAAAAUCUCCAAGGAGCUGACAGAUUAUCGCAAUGCUGUAGAUAUGGAGGAGAUAGACCUACAUAGCAAUGGAAAGGGGAUUCUGGAUCAGACCUAUGACAAGAGCAGCUACCGGUGAUCUGAUUCACGGAAAUGUUUAAAGAUGAGGCAUAUAUCCUCUUCACAUGAGAAAAUCCACACUGUUGAAAUCUUUGUCCAUAUUCUUUGUCCAUUCCAACAGAUUCCGAACAUUUUAUGAAUGACUGGAUGUACUCUUGUCUUAGCAAUUGUCAUACUUUUUAAAAAUUGUAGAUAAAAAUAGUAGUACUUUUUUGUAUAUGUACCAUCACAAUGGUAACGAUCAUUUAAUACAUUUGAGCAUAUAAACAUACAUGUGACUCCAUUGUGUUAUUUAUGAAUCGGUCUUUUUAUCUGCAAACUUAUCUUUUGUAUAUUGUAUGGUUGUGAAAUGGUGUUUUUUUUAUAUAUAAUAUGUACUUUUUGUUGAGUAUAAAAAUGUGAUAAGCAUUACCUAAGGGUUAUGUGCAGUAAACUUUUAAAAAAUAUUUUACAAAUAUUAUCAUUUAUCUGUGAAAAUAUAUUUUUAUGCAUUAGCAUUCCCAAUAUUUUUCUUUUUGAUGCAGCCUAAAUUUUCCACUUGUGAAAUAAGUUUUUUUUUUUUGGAAACAUGCCUGAUUCUGAUGAACCAGAAGUACAUGUAAAUCACGCCUUACAAGGGAAAUAACUCCCUUAGCACAUUCCAUUGUUUAUGUAUUGCUACUUGUAUAUAUACCUUCAAUUUUUAUUGUAUUUUGUAUGUAUCAUAUCAUAUUGAAUUCAUUUUUUAUAUUUUUUGCCAUAUAUUUUGACAUCAACUCUUUAUCUUUAGUCUAACCUGACCAUAUCUUUCAUAUACAUGUGCUUCUUGAGUUUUUAGUGCAUGUGUAAUAGUAUUUUUUAAUUACUAUGUUCAAUAAAAAGUAAUAUAAAUAUAUACAUAUAUUUUGAAUAUAAAGGUUGUUUUAUAGACAGAUUAUUUAUUCUACAUAAAGUAAUUUUAUGACAUAUAAAAAUUACCUCUUUUUAUGAAUAUUAUCAGGUCUUUUGCCAAGAAAAUCAAGAACACAUAUCAUUAAUGAAAGAGACAUUAAAAAUGUCUGAUGUUGUACAUAUUUAUAUUAAGUAUUGUCUUUGUAAUAUCUGCUCUGCGGAAUCCAUAAGAAUCUUUUAUUUUAAUUGAGGAAAUAAUGAUUUCAGGUAUUUCAAAUUUAUCGAAUGCCUCAAUGCUCUAUGAUUUGACGGUAUAUUUUUAAUUAAAUUCGCAUUGUAUGUGUACUAAGUGCAUUAUGUAUGUAAUAAAAACAAUCUUAAAGUAUAA